AUGAUUUUCCGGCGAUUCUCGGCAAGAUUUCUGCCGGAUUUUUCCAGCUCAUUCAACCUCUCGCGGAAUUUCCGAUCAGAUGCGGCGCUCGAAGCCAUAGCAAAUGCGUUGGAAGAGAAAGUACCAAACUUAGUGCUAUACAACUAUCCUUCCUUCUCCGGCGCCUUUUCGGCUCUCUUCGCUCAUCUCUACCACUCUCGCCUCCGUAUUCCCUGUCUCAUCUUGCCCUUCUCUUCCGUCGUACCCUUCAGCGUUGAAGAUCUGUAUUUGGAGAGGUUCGAGAGGUGUUAUCUGCUCGAUUUUGUUGUUCCGAAAGAGUUCGCAUCCACGAUUUCCCGGAAAUCAGCUUGCGAGAUCAUAUGUUUCGAUCACCGAAAGUCAGCAUUUUCAAGGAUUGGUUUAACAAAAGAGGAUAAGAAGAGGUUUAAGAUCAAUGUUGAUAUUGAAAAGAGUAGCUCAAAGGCCGUGUAUAAAUACUUCUCAAGUAAACUCACAUAUCAAAGAUCUUCCGAGGGGGAAUCUCUAAGUUUGCUAGAUGUUGAAGACGAAAGUCGAGUUGAAUCAGUUCUUGAAUACAUUGAAGAUAUCGAUCUUCGAAGAUGGAGAUUACCAGAUAUCAAGUCUUUUAGCUUCGGACUCAAGGAUUUGCGCUCAAGGAUCAAUUGUAUCACUAACCCUUACAUGUAUGAACAGUUGUUAAGAAUAAGCUCGGCGGAUCUCAUUGCUUAUGGAAACUCAUAUUUUUCAUCUCGGCUUAUUAAUGCAAAGAAACUUCUGAAGCUGAAUAAAGCUUUCAAGAUCAGAUUGGGAAGAGGGUUCUAUGGAGAAUGCUUGGGAAUGCGAGCAGAUGGUAACCAUGAGCUAAGUGAUGAACUUGGCAAACUUCUUAGUCUACAAAGUGCUGCUUCUGGUUUGAGGCCAAUAGGAGCUGUUACAUUCAUGCAAAGGAAUAAUCUUAAAAUGUGCUUGAGAAGUACCGACGAUGUAACCGAUACAUCUGAAGUUGCUAAGGCUUAUGGAGGUGGUGGAACUUCUUGUUCAAGCUCGUUCAUCAUAAGAAUGGAUGAAUAUAAUCAAUGGAUUGCCAAUAAUCCAGCUUGA